AUGGCUACAGGCUUGUCCACAACCACUCUGCUUUCCUGGAGAAUAAACCCACAUCACAUGUAUAUCCAACCCUCUUCCAUUAGAAACGAAAUUUCAAGAACUGUACCUGCUUCUGUCUUAAAAGACAGUUUUUCAAUCAACGAAGAGAGUGAUCAAUGUACAACAUCUUUAUUGGUGAACAGAAGAACAGUUUUGGGUUCUGGAAUUUCCUUGUUGGGUUUUCCAGGAGAGAGUUUGGCUGUGGUUAAACAAGGUCUUCUAGCAGGGAGAAUUCCCGGUCUGUCUGAGCCAGAUAAACAAGGUUGGAGGACGUAUCGCAGGCCAGACGAGAAGUCAGGAGGACAUGGUGUUGGAUGGAGUCCUAUUAUUCCAUACACCUUUUCAGUCCCUCAAGAAUGGGAAGAGGUACCCGUAUCAAUAGCGGAUCUUGGUGGCACAGAGAUAGAUUUAAGAUUUGUCAACUCUAAGGAAGGACGCCUGUUUGUUAUCGUUGCUCCUGUUCUUAGAUUCUCCGACGAUCUUGGUGAUAAUGCUACAAUAGAAAAAAUUGGACCUCCAGACAAAGUGAUCAAUGCAUUCGGUCCAGAAAUGAUUGGAGAAAAUGUAGAAGGGAAGGUUCUUAGUUCCAGUGUAGCAGAGCAUGAAGGAAGAACUUACUAUCAGUUUGAGCUAGAGCCUCCUCAUAUUUUCAUUACUGCUACUGCUGCUGGCAACCGCCUUUACUUGUUUGGUGUAACCGGUAACGGCCUUCAGUGGAAGAGACACUACAAUGAUUUGAAGAAGAUAUCUGAAUCUUUUCGAGUUGUAUAA